AUGACUAAUUUGCAAGACAAGCGACUCGUCCUGUUCGUGCGCAAGAUUCCUUAUGACGCAACUGACGCCCAGGUAGAAGAAUUCUUCUCCCAAAUUGGACCAGUGAGAUCCUGCUUUACAGUGAAAGAAAAAGAUGAUCCCGCUAAAUCACAGGGGCUAAACAAAGGCUUUGGCUUUGUCCGCUAUGCCCUGGCGGAGGACGCAGAGAGAGCAUUGCGCGAGUUAAAAAAGGUGAAGUUUUUGGAAAAACGGACAUUGAAAUUGGAAUAUGCUGUGGGAAAGCAUGAAGCAAAACCUAUCGUUAAAAAGGCUGAAAAAAGAGGAAAAAAGAGAAAGUUUGACAAGAUUGAUAUAGAUACCAAUGACAAUAAUAAAAGAAAGAAUAAGAGCAACGACAAUAUGGAUGUCGAUAGUGAAGACGCAUCUGAUUCACAGUCUGAGACUGAAGUUGACGUAGAAUCGAAUCCCUCUACAAAAAUGGUGACCAAACAUUUACAAAAGGAUGACAAAAAGACGAAAAAAGGUCCUCCACCCGUAUCAGAAGGGACUACUUUAUUUAUUAGAAAUUUAUCAUUUGAUGCUAUUGAAGAAGAUUUACACAGAAUUUUUCGCCCUUUCGGUCCACUGCGUUACUGCUUGAUAACAAUGGAUCAUGAGACGGGUCGGUCUCGUGGAACCGGUUUCGUCUGUUUUUGGGAGAAACAACACGCUGACGCUUGUUUAACAGAAGCGGAAAAUUCCAAUAGUUCUAUAUCUACCACAGAGCUUUCCUUUUUAUCGAAGAAAUCGAAAAGGGAACUUGGGUACAAGUCGAUUCUUACGGCAGAUCCAUCCGACUCCUUGGUCGCCAAGUUUACGCUACAUGGGAGAGUUUUGUCAGUAACAAGAGCAGUGGAAAGGGAAGAGGCAAAAAAAUUUAUGGAUAAUAAUAGAAUCAAGAAGAGGCAAGAGGAUAAGAGGAAUUUGUACUUGAUGCGAGAGGGAGUUAUAUUUCCUGAUUCACCGGCAGCCGCAGAAUUGAAUCCGGCAACAAUAUCAAAACGCGUGGCUUCAUAUUCGCAGAGAAAAAAUCUUUUACAAAGAAAUCCCAAUCUCUUUAUCUCCAAAACGAGAUUGUCUAUCCGCAAUUUGCCCUUAUCUGCGGGCGAGAAGGAGCUAAAGGAGCUGGCUAAAGAGAGCAUUUCGAAAUUUAAGGAAGAUGUAAAGAAGGGUCUACGAAAUCCGUUACAACCGGAAGAAAUGGCAGAAGGAUGGGAUCGUAAACCUGUUGUCAAGCAGGCCAAGAUAGUAAGAUCGAAAGAUCGAAUUGAUGCAGCUAGUCGUAAACAGCGCUCCAAGGGAUAUGGAUUUCUCGAAUUUACGCAACAUGCGCAUGCGCUUGCUGCAUUGCGGUACCUAAACAAUAACCCUGAAUUGUUUAGCGACAAGAAGAGAUUGAUAGUAGAAUUUGCUAUUGAGAACAAUUUAAUAGUGAAAAAGAGGAUGGAACGAUUUAAACACGGUGAAGCAAGUAAUACGAACAGAAUCAGUGCGAAAGCCAAAGGAUAA